AUGGCGCUACGAGCCGCCGCCCUAUUCCUGCUCGCGACAACACCGGUGCACAGUGCCCUCGUCCCACCAACAAAGAUCGGCGGCGUCAAGUUUCCUUCGCUGCUGGACGCGAGCAUAGACGAUCUCGCACAGGGCCUGCAGGACGGGCUUUUCACAUCGGUAGACCUUGUCAAUGCCUACCUGACUCGAAUCGACGACGUUGAUGAAUAUUUCAAGUCUGUCACCGAAAUAAAUCCAGAUGCACUUUUGAUAGCCGCCCAACAAGAUGCAGCUCGAGAGAAGGGCGAGGUCAAGGGGCCAUUGCAUGGAAUCCCCAUCCUCGUCAAAAACAACAUCGCCACGGCAGACAAGAUGAACAACACUGCCGGGUCGACGAUACUAUUGGGCGCCAAAGUACCUAGGGAUAGCUUUGUUGUAAAAAGGUUGAGGCAGGCUGGUGCCAUCAUCCUCGGCAAGGCAAACCUCAGUCAAUGGGCCAAUUAUCGUGGCAGUUAUCUCGCCAGCGGAUGGAGCUCUCAUGGAGGUCAAUGCCUCGGUGCAUACGUUCCUGAACAGGAACCGAGUGGAAGUUCGAGCGGAAGCGCUGUGGCGGCGGCGCUGGGGUUGGCUGCUGGGACUUUGGGGACCGAAACGGACGGGUCCAUCAUCUCUCCAUCGGCAUACAACAGCAUCGUUGGCAUCAAGACGACUGUUGGGUUGACGUCGCGCGACUUGGUCAUUCCCAUCAGCGAGCAUCAGGAUACCGUAGGUCCAAUGACGAGGACGGUCAAGGACGCUGCGAUCCUCCUGCAGGCGAUUGCUGGCGUCGACUUCAACGACAACUACACGUCGGCCAUACCGGGCCCAGUUCCCAACUACGUGGCAGCCUGCGACAAAGGGAAACUCAAGGGUGCGAGGAUUGGAUUACCGACAAAUUUGUUGGAGUAUAUUUCUGGCCAGGGCUACGGGGCCGAGCUCGAAGCCUUCUACGCCGCCUUGAAAGUUAUCCGUCACGCCGGGGCUGAGAUUGUCGACGAGGCCAACUUUACAAGGAUGAAUGACUUGAUUAAUUCCAACAAUGAAGCAAUCGUCAUGGACACGGACUUUAUAUCCAACAUUGCCACAUACCUCUCCCAGCUUUCCACCAACCCUAAUGACAUUACCAACCUCUACCAGAUCCGCGGACACACUCAGAGUUCGGCCGUGGAGGAAUGGCCACGCAGGGACACUUCGAUUUGGGACAAUGCUCUCGAUCGAGGCUUUAACAACACUGACAUCAGGGCAUGGGAGGCAUAUCAGUGGAACCUGGAAGUCGGGACAGAGGGCGGCGUCAUUGGGGCUCUUGACAGACACAACCUGGACGCCAUUGUACUACCGACUUCGUGGGCCUAUCGCUGGUGUGCCAUCAUUGGCUGUCCUGUCAUUACCGUGCCGCUGGGGUUUUACCCAGAAGACCAGAAGGUGUUGUAUAAUCCUGGGGGGCUUGUUGAAUACGGGCCUGGUAUACCAUUCGGGUUUGCCUUUUUGGGUAGACACUUUACUGAAGAAAAGCUCAUCGGUAUGGCGUACGCCUUUGAGCAAUUAACAAACAUCCGCGAUAAGCGGCCGCCUUUUAUAGUUCCCAAGCACGACAUACAUGACUUUGCAGGGAAGGGAAUUAUUAUGGACAUGUGGAGCCAAGAUAUGACGGAUUUAUGAGUAUUUUAUACCCC